UUCUCUUGUAGGUCAGGAGUGUAGUUUCAAACAUAGUAUUCAGUUCGUUCAGUGAGGUUUGCGAUUUAGUUUAGUGUAUGAACUGUUCCAAAAAGUUGUUUAAAGGUUGUUUCUUCGACUACACAACAUAUUACUUAGGCAUUCAAACUAUCUUGCAUAUGGAAAAUGUGAUAAUCAGCCAUCAGCUACUCUGUCAUAAAAGAUAAUACAUUCCUUCUCAUAACAGCAAAAUGCCUUCUGAAGAAAGCUUUGAUUUAUCCGAGCUGUUGGGUGAUUCUCUGAGCCUUCAGAACAACAUAGCAGCUCCUGCAAGAUACAGCCACACUCCUAAGCUAGAUGACUACUAUGACAAGUUUGUGCUUAGAGAUCCUUACGAAAUAUUAGGAGAGAGAGACUUCCAGAAAUGCGAGAGAGUAGAGAGUGCAGUAGGCACUCCUAUCCAGGAGUUCUACCGAGGAGCGAAUGUGCUCAUCACAGGAGCAACAGGAUUUGUAGGCAAGAUUUUGACAGAGAAACUGAUCAGAUGUGUUCCCAACAUUGGUCAUAUUUAUCUACUGAUUCGAGGAAAGAAAGGAAAGUCAUCCGAGGAGCGUUUUGAAUCCCUUUUAGAAGAUAUGGUGUUCCGUCGCAUGAAGGCUGAGGUGCCGGACUACGCCUCCAGACUGACAGCUGUUGAAGGAGACAUCGGCACUCCCAACCUAGGACUGAGCCCUGAGGACCACCACCUCCUCUGUGAUGUUGUCAACAUUGUGUUCCACAGCGCCGCGGAUGUCCGCUUCAUAGAACCUCUCAAGGCAGCUGUCAGCUCCAACGUCCUGGGCAGCCGUCGUGUCCUGGAGCUGGCCAAGGAAAUGAAAAACCUCUGGGCUUACGUGCAUGUUUCCACCGCUUACAGUACCUGUGUGAGAAGGGUUGUGGAGGAAAAAGUGCCAACAAUGAAUGUUUACUACAAAGAGAUGCUGAAAUAUAUUGAGUCUAAAAGUGAUGAAGAGCUUAAAGAAGAAACACCUAGAUUACUACAAGGCUGGCCAAACACCUAUGCAUACAGCAAAGCUCUUUGUGAGGAAAUGAUGGAGGAAGAAGCUAAGGAUCUUCCUGCUUGCAUAUUCAGGCCUUCUAUAAUUGUCUCCACGUACCUUGAGCCUGUGAGGGGAUACACGGACAAUCUUUAUGGACCAGUGGGACUCAUGGUAGGUGGAGCCCACGGUGUUAUUCACUGCUCAAAUUUAAAUGGAGACUUGACCAUCGAUAUAAUUCCUGUGGACUAUGUGGUCAACUGUAUGAUUGCAGCUGCUUGGAAAACAGCUGAUGAGAAGGAUGAAAGCACAAACUCAAUGAAAGUAUACAACUGUGCUGCAACAGCUGUUAAUGCUGGUAUAAAAUGGAAGGCUGUGAUUGACUUUUAUUGGAAGUAUAUAGAUGUUUGGCCCUUUGAUCGUUCAAUUUGGUAUACUUCUGCUUUCUACACAGAAAACUAUUAUAUAUACAUUUUUUUCUGGUAUCUGCUACACAGAAUACCAGGAUAUUGUUUUGACAAGUUGGCUGAACUGACAGGGAACACACCUGGACUUACAAAAAUUUACAAGAAAGUACAGGCUUUAAAAGAACAAACCGACUACUUCAGCUUGCAGGAGUGGGUUUUCAAAAAUGACAAUGUCAUGGAAAUGUUAAGCAAGUUGAGUGAAGAAGACAAGAAGAUAUUCUACUUUGAUGUGAGGGAUAUUGAUUUCAAGGAGUGUCUUCUAGUUUCAAAGAUGGGUUGCAAAUACUAUUAUUUAAAAGAAAAAAUUGAAGACAUCCCUGCUGCUAUACGAAAAAAUGCAUGGUUGUAUUGGCUACACAACUCGGUAAAGCUGACUUGUUCCGUGAUUGUUCUCAAACUCAUGGUGAUUACCGCAAGAGCGAUUCCAUUCUGAACCACGACUGCUGGAGUCAAUAUUUUACCAACUGUAAUAAGAGGAGUGAGUGUUUAAUGAACUGUCUUUUUGGUUAUUGUUUUCAUGUCAAAACGUACUUGUAAACAUUUUGAACUUGUAAAUAAAUAAGGAACGAGUCCUUAAUCAAACUGGUCAUGUGUUAUCUUGUAAAAUAAUAAAAGCAUGUACUUAUUUUUGA